UCGGCUCUGCUUCUAUUCCCGGAGAGACCGCCUCCAUUUUAGCACCGACACCCGGUGGAGGAGCAGCGGCUCGCAGCGGACUCAGUGACCGGUGGAGGAGCACUCUGUGCGGCAGGACUGUCUGUGAAACCCCGCUCCAACCCUCCGGGCCUGGAUCAGCUGGGGCUGCAGCAGGACGGGGCUGCGGGGAAUCUGGGAGGAUUUAACGGGAGGAUUUCUGCGGAGAAACGAGACAUUUACCGGGGAAGAGGAGCAGGAGGAGCGGCUACAGGUUCUCAGCAAAGAUGCGGCACUGAGCGUGCUCAGAGCCCUGAUCGUUACCAUGACGACGAUAUUUGGCGGCGGGCAGGCGUGCGGCGGGCAGGAUAACUGCUCCGCUCACAGCGAGUCCAAAGCCUACUGCUACUCGGCUCGGAUCCGCAGCACCGUGCUGCAGGGGCUGCCGUUCGGAGGAGUACCGACUGUACUCGCUCUGGACUUCAUGUGCUUCCUGGUGCUGCUCUUCGUCUUCUCCAUCCUGAGGAAGGUGGCGUGGGAUUAUGGCCGCCUGGCGCUGGUCACCGACGCCGACAGGUAA